CCGACAAAACGCAGAAGUAGGUGUGUUGUGGUGGCUCCGGUCAUUUCAGUUAACAAGUUCUGUUCUGAGCCGUCGUGUAUUUUGUCUCAGAGAGAAGCGCUAAGAGAAAAAAGUAAAGAUUAGAGCAAUUCUUGCUCAUGGAUUCGCGAAUGAGUAAACUAGUGAUGGGUUUGUUCGUGAUGAUUGCGAUCUUAGCUUCUGGUGUCGACGCGUGGACUGGCGAAAUUCGCGGCAGAGUUGUAUGCGAUGUAUGUGCCGAUUCUUCUAUCGGACCAGAAGAUCAUGUUCUUGAAGGAGCUGAGGUUGCGGUUCUCUGCAUAACCAAAUCCGGAGAAGUUGUGAACUAUCAAGCUUUCACAAACUCAAAAGGUGUCUACACAGUAGCAGAGACAAUGCCAGAGAGCGAACGUUGGGACGCUUGCCUUGCAAGGCCCAUUAGCAGCUUCCACACACCUUGCAACCGCCUAAACCAAGGCAAUACCGGAAUCAAAUUCACUUAUAACCGCCCUUCCGGUUACUUUCAUUCCGUGAAGCCUUUUGUGUAUCGACCCCAAUAUGCACCUUCUUAUUGCUGAUUCAAAGCCCCUUCAUACCUCUUUUUAACUCCUUUGUAAGUUGUAAACUUGUAUUAUAAUAAUAUGAACAUUUUGGAUUUGUA